AUUCCCAGGGCACCUGCUUCCGCACACCACCUAGUUAAAUAUCCAUAUUAGGCAUUGUCGAUCACUGCUGUUUCUGAGAACCACGUCAGUGUACAAGCAUUAUUUCGUCAUAUUGCCCAGAGAGCAGUGACGGGAGGUUGUGAAAAGCGCCCGUCUUGUGUGUGAGAUCAAGAUACGACCUGGUUACAUCAUGCAGCCCCGGAGUCUCAUCGUCUUCGUUGCAGUGUUAGCGCUACCCGCCAUCAGAAGCCAGGGCAUCUCAGAAUGUCCAAACCUUACACAGGACAUCCUCGGGUGUUCAACGCAGUUCCUGAAAGAAACAUCCAUCAAAGGAUUCUUCACAGAUUUCACUAAAGUUUUUAAUUUUACAUCUCUUCUGUCAAGUUCGUCAUCGAUCUUGUGUCAGGCAUCGACCAAGACACUUGUUUUCGACUUCUAUGGAUGUUUAUAUGACAAGAUCCUGCCUUGCAUUCCAUCUGCCUGGCAAAGAGCAUUCCCAUCCCUUGACCAGACAAAAAAGGCACUCGACUACUUGUGUAACAACAUAAACGAUGUGGACUAUACAUGUCUGGCAGAAACUGGUAGGUCAACCACCCUGCUGAACUGUGUGCUGGCUGGCUACAAAGGAGGUUCUGACUCUUCCACGCCUGAUGGAUACCUCGCAACCAUCUGCAGUCUAUCGCAGCUGUCUGUGAGCUGCAUUAAGACAGCCUAUGGUUCCUGUCCGAAGAGAACUGGAGAUGUCCUGGCAGAAGUGGAGAAGCUCGGGAAACCUGCUGCCUGUGACGCCUGUACCUCCCCGCCUUCACUUCUCCUCGUGCUGUUCUCAGUGCUGUCCUUCAUGCUGGCCUUGCUCAAGUAGAUACCCUAAUGGCACUGAUAUACACAACUGAUCAAGAAUUUGAACUUGUGUUAUUUUUGUUGUAAAUAUUUCGAAACAGGGAAACUGAAAUAAUUUAACGAAAAGAGUUGGCCCAACUUCGUUACUUAUUCACAUAUGGUUAUCUGUUUUAAAAAAACCACCGAUAUGAUUUAUAUAUUAUUAUCUCCCGACUGCCAUGCUACCGUCCAAUGGUUUUUCGGGACAAAAAUGUAUAAACCUUCACUGUUCCGUCAUCUCUCUGUGGUGAAACACAUACAUCUUCACUUGUGUUUAAUUUUGAUGGAUGCAGUUGGGUCUAUCGUGUAUCGUGUCGGAGCAAAUCACAAAAUACGUUCACAAAUUCACGAACAUCGCAUACAUAUGACCCAGAUUGUGCGUGGUACAGCUUGCAGGGCAGUAGAAAGCAUCACGGUGCUGAGACAGAUAUCAAUAGAUGACAAUGACACAUUCACAACAGUCCACCAGGCGGUAAUCUAAAGCA